AUGCUCUGCCCUUUUUUGUUUUUAUCAGUUUUGGGGUCAAUGACGUUUGGAGGGAGUGUAGAUGCAGACCUGAGCAGCAAAAUGGUCCAGUUGUUUUUGGAGCGUGGUCACCAUGAGCUGGACACUGCCUUCAUAUACACAGGUGGACAGUCAGAGACAAUAAUAGGAGGCAUGCAACUUCCCAAGACAGUUAAAAUUGCCACCAAAGCAAAUCCACUGGAAGGCAAUUCACUGAAUCCAGAAAGUUUGCGCUUUCAGCUGGAAACCUCUCUGAAGAGGCUUCGGACCCAGAGAGUGGACAUCUUUUACCUACACUUUUCUGACCACCAGACCCCUAUUCAGGACACACUCCAGGCCUGCAAUGAGCUCUACAAAGAGGGAAAGUUCACGGAACUGGGCUUAUCUAACUAUGCCUCCUGGGAAGUGGCUGAAAUCUACUCCAUCUGCAAACAUAACAACUGGGUGCUUCCCACAGUCUAUCAGCGCAUGUACAAUGCCACCACACGACAAGUGGAAACAGAACUGUUUCCAUGCUUGCGAGACUUCGGCAUCCGUUUCUAUGGGUUCAAUCUGCUCGCAGGUGGUCUGCUCACUGGGCACUAUCAUUAUGAGGACAAAGAUGGGAAACAACCUGCAGGAUGCUUCUUUGGAUCUAAGGUGGCUGCUAUCUACAGACACAGCUCACUCUGGUACUUUCAGGGUGAUCUUGGUGAUGGGGUCAUCAUUGGAAUGUCCACCAUGAAGCAGCUUCAGGAGAACUUGGCAGCAGCUGAAGAAGGCCCUCUGAAGCAGGAGGUCGUGGAUGCGUUCAAGCAUGGCUGGGACCUGGUGGCCCACGAGUGCCCCAACUACUUCCGCUUAAUACCGACUGCAUUUAAGGACGACUCAUUUACUCUGGCUUUUAAAUGA